AUGGCAUCGUUGGUCAAGGCGCUCAAAAGCAGGCAGUUUGUCGGGAAGCGUGCAUCCCGAUACGAAAAGCAAUCCCCUGGACCUGGAUCACCGGCUGGAUCAAGUAAGGUCAACAAAACUGCUCCGGGUUCACCAUGUUGGAACUGCGGAUCCAUGCAGUAUGCCAAGGAUUGCCCUUUCAAGAAGCAUCAAUGUCGUGAGUGCAAGCAAUAUGGUCACAAGGACGGGUAUUGUUCAAGUGCGAUGAAAGCAAAAAGUCCAAACAGGCGUUACUCGGCGAAGAAGAUGACGACCAAAUGUGUUGUGGUGAGAAACGUGAAGAAAAGAAGAAGAUUUGUACAAGCGCUAGUGAACGUCCGACAAGUCAGCCUCCAAUUAGACACGGCAUCGGACAUUAGCAUUAUUUCCGAGAAGACGCCACGUCAGCCCACUUCCAGCUCUGCGACAGUAGAAGCGGCAACGGCAUCAGGGAAGCCAUUGAAGUUGGAGUUUGAAUGUACAUGUGAAAUUUUCAUCAAGCAGCAAGGUCGUUUCUACAUCAUGAAGCAGCAACUCAACUUGCUUGAAUUAGAUCUUAUCGACCAAUUCAAUUUCUGGUCGAUGCCGAUAAAUCGUUUUUGCAACCAGAUCAGCAGUUCUGCAACAACGAUCAGUCCUCUCAAGAAAACCUUCCCAACCGUGUUCAACGAUGCUCCAGGUUUGUGUACGAAAGCAAAGGCGAAUUUCACGCUGAAGGAAGGGGCCCAACCCAUGUUCCGUCCGAAGCGGCCAGUGACGUAUGCGAUGUACAAGACCGUCGACGAUGAGUUGGACCGUUUGGAGAACGCUGGAAUCAUCACACCAGUCGAGCAUUCGGAUUGGGCAGCACCGAUCGUUGUCGUCAGGAAGGCAAGCGGAGCAAUAAGGAUAUGCGGCGACUACUCAACAGGCUUGAAUGAUGCACUUCAGCCGCACCAGUACCCACUUCCGCUGCCGCAAGAUAUCUUCGCGAAGCUGGCCAACUGUAAGGUAUUUGGCCAAAUAGAUCUUUCUGACGCAUUUUUGCAGGUCGAGGUACAAGAAGAGUCUCGAGAGAUGCUAACCAUCAACACGCAUCGAGGACUCUAUCGUUAUAAUCGACUUCCACCCGGUGUUAAGGCAGCGCCCGGGGCAUUUCAGCAGCUGGUGGACACCAUGCUGUUUGGACUCAAACCGUACAUCAGGGUACCUCGACGAUGUUCUAGUGGGGUGGGGUGGACGAAGAAGAUCAUCAACGCAACCUUCAAGCCGUCCUCCGUCGAAUCCAGGAUUACGGGUUUACCAUCAAAGCAGUGCUCGUUUAGCCAGCGCCAGAUCAAAUACCUGGGGCACCUCAUCGACGGGCAGGACCUGCGCCCGGAUCCUAACAAAAUCGAAGCGAUCCGUAGCAUGCCAGCCCCAACGGACGUGUCUGGAGUGCGUUCGUUCUUGGGGGCGAUUAAGUAUUACGGAAAGUUCGUCUCGGGGAUGCGAACGCUGAGAUAUCCACUCCAUGAGCUGCUCAAAACCGGCAAACAGUUCAUCUGGUCACCCGAAUGUCAAGAAGCUUUCGUAAACUUCAAGAAGAUUCUGGCCUCCGAUUUGCUGUUAACGCACUACAAUCCGGCAUUCGAAAUCAUCGUGUCGGCGGACGCAUCUUCGAUAGGAGUUGGAGCCACACUCAGCCACAAAUUUCCGGACGGAUCGAUCAAGGUUGUGCUGCAUACAUCGAGGUCGUUGACAUCAGCGGAACAAGCCUACAGCCAGCCAGAUCGCGAAGGUCUUGCGAUCAUUUUCGCCGUAACCAAAUUCCAUAAAAUGUUUUUCGGGCAAAGCUUCACGCUGCAGACGGAUCACGCUUCGUUACUUCGGAUCUUCGGAUCAAAGAAAGGUAUCCCGGUCUACACUGCAAACCGCUUACAACGUUGGGCGCUACAGUUGCUGAUUUAUGAUUCCAAGAUCGUCUAUGUCAACACGGAGAAAUUCGGCAACGCAGAUGUCUCGGCUAAUUGA